UAACACCACACUAAUCGAGCAAUUAAUUUGAAAAAUUGGAGCGAUAAUAUUGUUGCUCAAUCAGUGAAUCCCAAUUCUUAUCACAAACAGUGCCUAAGUGGCACGUACGAUUGUGUGAGUAUCGUAUUUACGUAUUUAGCCCUAACAAGGAGUCUACUUUUAUUUCGACACUUUGACCUUUGACUCUGCGUCUGUGUAUCUUUAUUUGAAAAAACUCGGUACCCUUUUCCCACACAACCACACCACCAAUGGAAUGUAAAUUUUGAAAAACUAAAAGCAAUUCCACGUGUGAGUAGGAGAGGGCACCUGCUGUAGCAUCGUGGCAACAAAUGUUCAGGAAUCCAGAUCGUGCCACGUGGACGGUGGGAUUCAAUCGGUCGAUGUCUUCAGGCCGAAGAAGAAGCUAAAGUCUUAACCAUGGUCAACUCAAACACUCCUCCAUUAUUGAUUUUUAUACACCUCUCCUGAAAAUCCCCUCUCUCUCUCUCUCUAUAAAUAUAUAUAAAAUAGAAUUUUAUAUAUAAAUGGAAGCGCCGCCGUCGUGUAUGAGCAUGGGCUAGCUUUGAAAAGCGUGAGUUCGAGUUUCAACGGUCACUUGUUUUCUGAGCUGAGUUGAAGAUUACGUGAAAAAAUUUCAGCUUUUUUUAAUUUUUAAUUUAAUUUUUAUUUUUGAUAAUUAAACAAUGGUGAAAAUGGAGAAUUCAUCACUGCUUGGUGAUGAACCCACAAGGAAGAAGCGAAAUCUUCCAGGAAUGCCUGAUCCAGAUGCAGAAGUGAUUGCGCUAUCUCCGAAAUCGCUACUUGCAACAAACAGAUUCGUGUGCGAGAUCUGCGGCAAAGGGUUCCAGCGUGACCAGAAUCUGCAGCUCCAUAAGCGCGGCCACAACUUGCCGUGGAAACUCCGGCGGCAGGACACCGGCGGCGGCGAUGGGGUGACGGCGAGGAAGCGGGUUUACGUCUGCCCCGAAUCCACUUGCCUCCACCACGACCCGGCGAGGGCUUUGGGAGAUCUCACCGGAAUUAAGAAGCAUUUCUGCCGGAAACACGGCGAGAAGAAGUUCGACUGCGAGCGGUGCCCGAAGAGAUACGCCGUCCGCUCCGAUUGCAAGGCCCACAUGAAAACGUGUGGGACUCGCGACUAUCGUUGCGAUUGCGGUACUUUAUUUUCCAGGAGGGAUAGUUUCGUCACCCAUCGGGCGUUUUGCGAUGCGUUAGCUCGGGAGAGUACGAAUAUCGGUUCUAAAACUCCGGUGCCGCCGCCACCGCUUACUCCGACUACAAGUGUGUUGUCUCCGGUGCUGUCGUCUGUUCAAAGUUCAGUUGAAUUGCCGGAGAAUCCGACGACUUCCCACUUCCAACCACCACCGGAAAUCGCGGCUGUACCAGCUUCCACCGCCACUCCAAGCACCUCUUCCAAUACAUCUAGUGGCCGCGUCAUCCCAUACAGCAGCAGAGUUUUCGCUAGUAUAUACAAUGCAUCAACCUCCGCCGAGCAACCGCCGGCGUUGUACUCCGGCCAUCUACCUCCCUCCGAUCACAUUCCGGCCAUCGACCCCAUAUCACUCUCGUUAUCGUCCUCUCUGUACGGAUCACAACCGUUAUUCUCGUCGUCCCAAUCGCAAAAUAAUCCGGCGCUGUCCGCAACAGCAUUGCUCCAGAAAGCAGCGGAGAUGGGCGCAACUUCCUCCAACAGCGCCUCGUUCCUCCGUGGUAUGUGGUUAGCCGCCCCGCCGCCGCCGUGUCAAGAUAAUAUCUCAACCAUGGCUCCGACAACGUUUUCAUGCACCCCACCGAACAUUAAAAAUUUCGUCAAACUAGAAGACGAUAAUUUAGUAGUGUUCGGUAAUAAUGAGCCCACCACCGUUGAUUUUCUUGGACUCGGUAUAGGAGACGCCGGUGAAGCCUCCUCCGGCGGGUUUUCCGCCUUCUUGAGCUCAAUCGGCGGUGGACUUGACAUGAAUCCCGGCUCUGCAGGUAGUAAACUAUAAUAGGUGCUUCUUGUUAUGGAAUUAAUUAGAGUUGCAUUAUUAUAUUUAAAGUUGGUGGGCCCCUCAUAGUAUGAUUAAUACUAGUAAAUCUUAACUAGUAUUUUUCAGAGAUAAUCGUAUAGUAUAAAAUAUUUAUAUGUUUGUUCUAUUUUAUUAUACUUUUAUGUAAUAUUGUAAAACAUAUAUAUAUUUUUUUAAUAUAGAGUGAUUGUAUAGAAGGCUCG